UAAAAACUGAGACCACCAUUCCAGCUAAAAACUGUUGAAACAAACGGGAACCAAAUCCAGGUAUACUUGAGAGAGAAACUCUAAAAAGAAAAUGGGCUACUGUGAUGAAAGUCCGAUGGAUUCCAUUAAGUGCAACAGAGACAGCUUCAGUAAGCCAAUGCCAUGGAUUGGCAUCUAUAUAGCAGCAACUUCUUUUAUAUGCUUGUUCGCAAUGGCUGCUAAUACAGUCCAAGGAUUCUGCAGAAGAAAGUUUUGGUUCCCAUCCAAGUUUUUUGCACUUAAUGCUGCUUCAUUGACAGUGUUGGGAGUUGCUACAAAACUGGCAUUGGAUCUGAACAAUCCUAUGCCGGGUUCAUUCGACCAGUUCUCGAAGCUUAGCAGUGUCAUUUUUAUGGCAACAUCAAUGGCUAAUUUCACGCCUUCUUUAGGGGCUAUGAACAACAAAGAUGUUCUUUUGAACAUGACUGCUUUGGUUAUUCUUCUUAUCACCCUCCUUGUCAAUGUUUCUAUCCAACUAGGCACUGGUUUGAUCUUUUUGUUUAGGGUUGAACUUGUUUUAGCUGUUUGUUUCGCAUUUCUUUUGUUUUGGAUGAUGAGUUGCUCUGCUUUGGUGGUUCCAACCACCAAAAUGAUUCUUGAAAGGAAGUAUCUUGAAAUCAGUGAAAUGAUUGCAUAUGAGAAUUUAGAGGGUGGGGGGGUGAAAUUGAGGGAAGCAGUGAUCAAAUAUUGGUUGAUGGCGGAGAGUAGUAAUCCUCAAUAUGUGAUGGUACGCUCACCCGCUUGCUUUGCAUCAUCUGUCAUUAGUUGUCUCAGUGCUGUUGUACUAUGUCAAGCAUUCAUUAGAUUAUAUUUGCUUAGAGUUCAAUCCGAGGAUGGAGGACAUUAUUCCUCGGAUUACCAGGUGUUGACAUAUGUAAUUGUUUGGAUUCAGUGUUUGGGUGUGGUUAUAGGCACAUUGGCUCCACUAUUUAGAUGCUUUAUUGUACUAAAAAUCAAAUCUUCAAGCGGGGGUAGAGAAUGUAGUUGUACUUUUAGCCCUGAGAUAUACUGGACUGAAAGACUGAAAAAAUGGAAAGAGAGUCAUUUGCCUUUUCAAAUAGGAGGGCGUUGUUUCAUGAAGGCAAUCAAAAAAUUUGAAGAUAUGGUAUUGUGCUUUUGUAUAAAACUUCAGGUUCUGACUGUUGUUUUUUGCAAAUUGGUGCUAAUAUUUUUCCUUGCCUUCAUUAGGCUACUUCUACCCUGCUUUCUUCAACCCAAACUAGGUGAUAGUGAAGUCCAUGAUGUUAGUCGCUAUGUUUUGCAUCUUGAAGGUGAGGAUCUGCUACCUGAGGUGAUGGCAGAAAACAAGAAUGUUCUCGGCAAAUUCUUUCAGAAAGGUAUUGACCAACAACCAAAACAGCUGUUAAAGCUUUUAGAGAAAAUGACUGCCAAUUUCAAUGGAGUGACGAAAUUUGAUAGCAACAAUGAUAUUUCUCGGUAUCCUCAAGUGCUGCCUAAUUGUUGGAAACUGCCUGUUAUUACGCUAACAAGCAUUGUGAUUGCACUCUUGGACAGUGGUGUCAAAGAAGUAGAAAAUUUGCUUAGCAGUGUAAGUCAAGGUCUCAAGUAUGUGAGCAUUGUGGAUGAAAUCUUAGACACCGGGGGAGGGCUAUUCAAGAGAGUAAGGGAUGCAGCAGAUGAAGCAUGGUCCGAUCUGCAUUUGUAUGGUAAGUUUUUAAACAAGGACCUUAGUCAAAUGGGCUGUAAAAAAGGAAAUACUCCCAAUGAUGUUCUAAUAGAACUAUAUGAGAUUGCAAGAGCUUAUAUUGGCAAAAAUGUGGAACUGGACAAAGACUGCUCUCGUUGGCCUAAGAAGGUUAUAGCCGCUUAUUCAAUGCAACGAAUAAGCAAUUCUGUAUGGGCAGAAAAAGUGGAGAAUGAGAAACUUUUAGAGCAUAUAUAUGUAAUGAUUGGUGAUAUAUUGGGCGCUUGCUUAACCAACCUUCCUGAGGCUGUCACAAGAAAAUGCUCAUCUGUCAGCAUUGAGAAGAGGGAGGAGACUGUCCAAGAGAUGGCUCAUAUCAUAGGCGAAACGGAAGAGAUUCUGAAGCUGCUUCAAAAUCAUCCGCCUCCCGUCAAUUUGGAAUCCAAGAAGAGGAUUGAUAUUGAUGAGUGGCGCCGUUCACUGAUGGGCAUGAGUCUUUCGGUUUCCAGUAGCUUGUCGAGGAGUAACACAUCUGCUUCUGCUUCUGCUUCUGCUUCUGCUUGGUCUGUUGCGUUGCCAACAUUUACAGAUAGUUAGUCUUGACGGACUAUAUAUAUAUAUAUAUAUUAUAGUGGCCCGCAGAAUGGUAUUUAAUUUGUCCACUGCAGCUACAACCUUGCAACUUGCAAGGUAAAUGAUUUCUUAAUUGUUGUAUGUAUGUCAUCAAAAUCCUGCCACCUGAAUCCUCUACUAUGCAAGUUCCUUAAUCAUCUUCCAACUGUUGUUUGAAUAUAUAUGUUUUAGUUUA